CCGGCGCGCAGGCGCAGUGCGGGCCCCAGCCCCUGGAGCUCACCUGGACGCCGCCGCUGGAGAGGCGCGCUCAGGAGAGCCCGGCCGCCUGGUCCGCGUAUUCCCGCCCCACGAGGUGUUUCCAUUUCAAGAAACAUUAUUGUGACCAGUUUGAUGCUAAAGAACAUCUUUAACCGAGGUUUUUAUAGAUGUGAUAAACUUUUAAUACCAGAAUGGCUCACAUAAGAAUACUAAGACAAUUGUGUAAGAAACUAUUUUCCCACUGGAAGCUUUGGAAGUUUAGCAUUGUUGUUUUUGUUUUUCUAGUAUUUUUGUUUUUAUUACAAAGAGAAAUAGGUGUUCAAGAUGCUAAACAUGAAUCAGGGAUUGAACCAGCUGUGGGAAAGAAAAGUGAUGUACUCGGUUUCAUGUUAAAUGCUGUGAACAAUAUUAAAGGUGCAAAGCCAAAAAUGCAGAUAAAAGCACCUGUUAGGCAAACCAAUAUUCCUGGAGAGAGACACUGUUUGCCAGGACAUUAUACACUAGCAGAACUGAAACCCUUCUUAGAGCGACCUCUUCAGGACCCCAAUGCCCCUGGAGCUUCUGGUAAAGCAUUCAAAGCUACCAAUUUAAGCCCAGAAGAGGAGAAGGAGAAGGAGCGUGGGGAUGAAAAACACUGUUUUAAUGCUUUUGCAAGUGACAGAAUUUCUUUGCACCGGGAUCUUGGACCAGACACUCGACCUCCUGAAUGUAUUGAGCAAAAAUUUAAACGUUGCCCAUCACUGCCUACUACAAGUAUCAUAAUCGUUUUUCACAAUGAAGCAUGGUCUACUCUGCUAAGAACUGUACACAGCGUGAUGUAUACUUCCCCUGCCAUACUCCUCAAAGAAGUUAUUUUGGUGGAUGAUGCCAGUGUAGAUGAAUACUUGCAUGAUAAACUAGAUGAAUACGUGCAACAAUUUCAAAUAGUUAAGGUAGUCCGACAAAAGGAAAGAAAAGGUCUAAUCACAGCACGAUUAUUAGGAGCUUCAGUAGCAACAGGAGAGACGCUUACUUUUUUGGAUGCACAUUGUGAAUGUUUUUAUGGCUGGUUAGAGCCAUUGUUGGCACGAAUAGCUGAGAACUACACUGCUGUUGUAAGCCCUGAUAUUGCAUCCAUAGAUCUUAAUACUUUUGAAUUCAGCAAGCCUUCUCCUUAUGGACAUAACCAUAACAGAGGAAAUUUUGACUGGAGUUUAUCAUUUGGAUGGGAAUCUCUUCCUGAACAUGAAAAUAGAAGAAGAAAAGAUGAAACCUAUCCAAUUAGAACUCCUACUUUUGCUGGAGGUCUUUUUUCAAUAUCGAAAGACUAUUUUGAAUAUAUUGGAAGCUAUGAUGAAGAAAUGGAAAUAUGGGGAGGAGAAAAUGUAGAAAUGUCUUUCAGAGUGUGGCAAUGUGGUGGACAAUUGGAGAUCAUGCCUUGCUCUGUUGUUGGCCAUGUCUUUCGCAGCAAGAGCCCCCAUACUUUUCCAAAAGGCACUCAAGUGAUCGCACGUAAUCAAGUUCGCCUUGCAGAAGUCUGGAUGGAUGAAUAUAAAGAAAUAUUUUACCGGAGAAACAUAGAAGCAGCAAAAAUUGUGAAACAAAGAACAUAUGGAGACAUCUCAAAAAGACUUGAUUUGAGGCAGCGGCUACAAUGUAAAAAUUUUACUUGGUAUCUAAAUAAUGUUUAUCCUGAGGCAUAUGUACCAGACCUGAAUCCUCCAUUAUCUGGAUUUUUAAAAAAUGUAGGUAGACGUCUAUGUCUGGAUGUUGGUGAAAAUAACCAUGGUGGCAAACCAUUAAUUAUGUAUACUUGUCAUGGACUUGGGGGAAACCAGGACUCACGCUGUCAAGGAGGAAGCCGAUGGGAAACUGUCAAUGGUGAUCGAACAGCCAGACCUGAGCUACCUGCCCUGUCAUGCUUACAGCCUCAUAGUGGGAGGUCAGAGUGGUCUGCCCUGUGCCAAUCUAGCAUUUUUAAAUGGCUGAAUUUCCCAACAGGAGCUCUCCUUGACACAUAGCUCUUGGGGCACGGAUUGCCUUUUAAUGUGUGUUUGUACAGCAAACAGCACAGUGCAUCUCUGAUACUGAGUCCUCUAGCCACUACUGUAGUGUUAAAAAACAAAACAAAAAAGAACUGUCUAUGCUGCUUUCUUAAAUGCUGCCUCACACAGUCAUUAGUAGUAAAUGUUACUAAAACCACUGUAAACAUCAAUACAUGUUUAAUAAAAAUAGUUGUAACUGAAAAGUUAUCUCACUGCUGAUUUGAUACCUGUUUCUUUUAUCAAAUCUUUUUUUAUAAGUCUCUUUCUCAAUAAAAUCAAUGGAUGUUAUCUAUGAUGUAUUCAGUUGUAACAGUAUUUAACAGCUGCACAACCUAGGGAGUCUGAUCCUGCACCAUUAAAGUAAAUGGAAAUUUUCCCUAUUAAUUUAAAUGAGAAAAGGGCAGUUGUAGGUCUGUGCUAGCUGACUUGCUAUGUUACACAGCAUUUUCCUUUGGAUCCCAUUCACUAUGUUACUUGAGGGAUUUUGAUUCUAUAUUCACCUCUUUAGCGAUUUACACAACCUUGGUACAAAAGCAUGGUAUUAAAAGAUCUGCCACACAAAGGCCGAGUCUGCCAUAUCUACUUUAACAAUUUGUCUUGGUGAAGUGAAGCAAAAUUUCACAUUUUUUUUUCCGCUCAAUCAUAAUAUUCUGAAUCUUCUUAAAAUUCUUUUAAGAUCUGUAUUCAUUAUAGAUGGUGCUGGUAGUGAUGUGUGUAGUUAAAGAUGCUCAGCACUUGCUGUUAUAACAAUGCAUUUUCUGUUGCUUAUAAAUUUUGCCAAACUUUAUUGGUUUGGGUUGAAGUUUUCCAUGCUGGGUGUCUGCCUCAGGGUGAUUUUUUUUUUUUUUUAUUUCAGCAAAAAUGGUACAGCUAUAUCUCAGAAAGAGAUUAGGGAAAAAUACUAAACUCCAUAUUUAGCAACUCUGUUUUGGAGUAGGGACUUAAAACCUGGAAAGGUGGUCAUACUGAUAUUGGGGAUGUGCCUUUACCAUCCCUGUAAAAACCUGUCAAAAUUUGGCUGACUUUUGACUGUCUAAAAUCUCUGUUAAGCAUAUGCUCAGUAGAGAUACGUUAGUUUGUGAGCUAAAUUCUGUGAAUAUUCCAUGUAUACUGAGCAUGCUGCAUCCCAAGUCAGCAGGGGCCAAAGAGGACUUUCUCUGCAGUUGUUCCUCCUGGAGAUCAGGGGCCUUAGUGAUGUUGGGUUCAGAGAGCAAGGAGAUUGUUUUCUCUGUAUUCUCAGUGCUCCCCCUGCUAGGGUCCAGAUAGUGAAGAGGAAGCUGAUUGACUGGAGUGCAUAGGAUUGAAGAACCAAACUUAGCAGUGUAGGUUGGGGUGGGGAAGACUGGGGUGAAGAGCCUUGGGGAGAUGUGGGUGUGGGAGACCUGAAGUUGAAGGGAUGAGGGAGAUCAUGACUUGGCGCUGAUGAACAGACUGGUAUAAUGAGGGAGAUGAGAAUAGAUGAGGCUGGAAUUGUAACAAGCGCUGGCUGGAAGGGCUAGGUUUUAGGUGGGGACAUAGGCAGAAUUUUCUGGAAUAACUAGAGUGCACUCCCAUAAUAACCCGGGAUUCCUGAAUCUCAGCAUUCCUCUGGUCAGCAAAUGGUUGUGAAACACACUGGCAAAAUGUGUGCCUACAUAUCCUUCUAGUGACUAGCCUCCAUAGAGGACAACAAUGUACUAUUGUUAUCAGUUCCUCUAUGACAGAGGUGGGCAAACUAUGGCCUGCGGGCCACAUCCAGACUUCGGGACCAUCCUGCCUGGCCCUUGAGCUCCCGGCUGGGGAGGCUAGCCCCUGGCCAUG